AUGAAAAUUAGAAAUUCACCUAAUAAUAAGUUGAUUGCGAUUGGUGGAGUGACUAAGGCGGAUGCUGAGUACGCCAUUAUGGGGUGCAAGAAAUGGAAAAGGUAUUUGGAAUCUUCCUUUCCGGAGUCUCUAUACAGAACAAACGCAUUGGAGAUAUUGGAUUUGCACCAGGAUAAAACGACAGAAUUUUCUGAAGAAGUCCGGUUCAUGAUUGAGGAUUAUUAUAGAACAUCUCCUGGCAAUAAUGGUGCAGUUUUGAAAGAAUUUUUUUUACUGGGACGCGUAAGAAUGAGGCAACUUCGUGUUAGAAAUAACAGUUGCCAGGUACAUGAUGAUUUCCGACGCCAAUUUGCUGAAUGCUAUGGAUUUUUCGACUCCGAAAACGAAUUCAAUCAAAAUUUUGGCCCCGGAAACAGUUCAGCAUGGUGGUACACCACAUCGUCAAAUUUAAAGGGUGCAGUUUAUUGGGGUCAUAUUUCUGGAGGAUCAUUAUACACCGGAGGAGGUUAUUUUGUAGAUCUACCACAGGACCAGGAAGAAAAAUACAAAGAAAUAAUAUUAGACUUAAAAGAAAAUAAAUGGAUUGGAAGAGGAACUAGAGUUGUGUUCAUUGAUUUUACAACUUAUAACCCGAAUGUGAAUUUGUUCUGCAUUGCAAAAAUAGUUUUUGAGUUUCCGCCAACUGGUGGAAUAUUGCCCUCAGCUCAUUUCCAAUCAGUACGUCUGAUUCCUUAUAUUACAAAAUCAGAUUAUGUCAUACUGUUUUGGCAAUUUGUAUUUGUAAUAUUUAUUAUAUACUAUACUGCAGCAGAAAUUUAUGAAUUGGCUUUGAAUGGUUUCCGUGAAUAUUUCAGAGAGCUUUGGAACUAUAUGGAAUGGACAAUCAUUAUGUGUGUAAAAGAUAUUGCAGGUUUUGCUGUUAUGUUCUUUAUUGUGUUUUUCGCGUUUGCACAGCUUGGCUAUUUACUAUUCGGAACACAGGCCCAGGGAUAUCGAACCUUUGGUGCAGCCGUCGUUACGCUUCUCACGACAAUUUUGGGCGAAUUUGAUUAUCACGAAAUCGAACAAGCAAACAGAGUUUUGGGACCAAUAUAUUUUUUAUCGUAUAUAUUCUUUGUCUUCUUUGUUUUACUAAAUAUGUUUUUGGCGAUUGUGACUGAUACCUAUUCAGAAGUAAAACGUGAGAUUGAGAGUUCAGGAAAAGGCGAAGAUGUACAUACUUUUAUCAAACGUAGAGGAGCUCGUAUUUAUAACCGACUUUUUAUGAAAGAUAAAAAGGACAAAAAUGAAAAAAAUGAUUUAACACAAACGAGAAGAGAAAAUAAUGAACCUAAUUCAUCGCCCAAUACACCAAAGCAGAGGCAGGCUGAUGUUUAUGCACAAAUCAGGAAAACGUUAGAACUUUGCAAUUUCAAUGAUUUAGAGAUUGAAAUGUUUUUUGCAAAAUACGAUAUUAACGGAGAACGACGUAUUGAUGAAAAUGAAAAACAAAAAAUCCUAGAUUAUCUUCAAGGAAGAAAUCAAGAAAAUCGCCAAUCAGGUGUGACUCGUAAGACCAGAUACGCAGCAGAAAGAGCACGCUGGACAUAG